ACUACUCCGUCACCACCCUGUGACACGACAACAACUUCGUCGCCACCUCCGCCGUGCACCCAAACACCUCCGCAAGAGCCACCCUGUGACACGACAACUACUCCGUCACCACCCUGUGACACGACAACAACUCCAUCGCCACCCCCUCCGUGCACACGUACACCCCCGCAAGAGCCACCCUGUGACACGACAACUACUCCGUCACCACCUCCCCCGUGUACCCGUACACCUCCGCAAGAGCCACCCUGUGACACGACAACUACUCCGUCACCUGAACCACCCUGUGACACCUCAACUACACCUCCCUCAACCACACCCUGUGUAACUGAUGCCCCUCAAGCUUCCAGCCUGAUCGAGAAGCUCAUUCCCAGGCCUCUGCUAGAUCUCUUCUCCGGCUCCAGCAUCCCCAUUGCUGGCGACCUCGAGUGCAGCGGAAGAGCUGACGGCACCUACCUGCAGGACGAGAAGCACUGCCGCCGCUACUACGAGUGCCUCAACGGAAACCGCGUUCUGCACAAAUGCAGAGCCGGCCAGUGGUUCGACCUGGAUAAGGGCAAGUGCCGCCGUCGCAGCCUGGUGCUGAACUGUCCUGCACAGCGCAACUGAAGAUGACAGGAUCGGCGGAUAUGAUACGUGCAACAUGUAUAUUAACGUUUAUCCUAACCAACAGUAAUCCACUCAAUAAAUAGCAAUAGCAAUAGCAAUUCAAACUUAUUACCAACUCAA